CUUGCUUACUGCUUCUAUUUAUGGUUGCUUGUUGUGUUGUCCUGUCCUUGGAGAAUUAGAGAUUCUAUUGACUAUUAGAAAAACCUCAAGUUCUCUCGCUAAUCGGAUUUUUUUUUUACUUACAAAGUAUAUGCUAAAUAAGUAAUAAUAAUAAUAGAUAUGGCCCCAAAAAGGAAACGUACCACUCCAACAAAAACCAAUAACCAAAUCAAAAAUAAAAGAGGAAGAUUUACCCUAGACCGCAUAGAACUUCCAGAACUCACAACAGAAGGAGUUUUACUGUCUACUGGAUCAGGAGACGUUGGUCAGUUAGGUCUAGGUCCUGAUGUUCUAGAAAAAUCUAGACCAGCCUUGGUUGAGACAAAGCAUGAAAUAGUUGAUAUUUACGCUGGCGGUAUGCAUAGUGUAUGCUUAACCAAAGAGGGCAAAGUAUUAACAUUUGGAUGUAAUGACGAAGGAACUCUUGGACGAGUAACUGAAGACGAUGAUGACUCCUGUGUACCUGGAGAAGUAGUCUUACCAGGAAAGGUAAUACAAAUAUCAGCUGGUGACUCGCAUUCUGCCGCUUUAUUGGAAGACGGCCGAGUUUUCGCUUGGGGCACCUUCAGGGACUCUCAUGGUAGUAUGGGUUUGUCAGUUAAUGGCAGUGAACGUCUUCCAAUUGAAAUGAUGAAAGACAAAAAAAUAGUUAAAAUAGCCUCUGGGGGUGACCAUUUAGUAUUUUUAACCAACACUGGAGAAGUUUGGACUUGUGGUUGUGCUGAACAAGGGCAGUUAGGUAGGACCACAAGGAGAAGAAGUGAUAGAGAAGAACUACGUAAUAGUGGCAAUGGUGAUGUCUGCAUAAAUUUCAUCAAUCCUGCGCCAAUACAUUUGAAACCAAGUCCAAAACUUCAUUUUGACAAUAUAUGGGCCAGUACUUAUGGGACAUUUGCUAAAGUAGCAAAUAGAGACGAUAUUUAUGUGUGUGGUGUAAACAAUUUUAACCAAAUAGGUUUGGAUCAGGUAGAACCAAGAUACCUGCCAAAAAAAAGUCAAGAUUUCUCUCAAUACAAGUGGCAACAUAUUACAGGAGGUAUGCAUCAUACUUUAGGAUUGACUUUAGAUAAAAAAGUGUAUGCCAUUGGCCGGAAAGAAUAUGGGAGAUUAGGCUUGGGAGAAAAUUGUGAGGAUGCUACUGUGUUAACCAAAAUUAAAGAUUUAUCUGGGAAAGGUGUAGUAAAUGUGGCUUGUGGGUCCACAACAUCAUUUGCCGUCACAAAAGAAGGAGAACUAUAUGGCUGGGGCAUGGGAUCAAAUGGUCAAUUAGGACUAGGGACCGAUGAUGAUGCAGUCGUGCCAACUGUUAUCGAAAGCAAACAGCUGAAAGAUAAACGAGUUAUAAGAGUGUCUAGUGGAGGGCAACACACUCUUAUAUUAUGUACCACAACAGGGAUAAAUGGCCAUUAGUAAUGACUGAAUAAAUCUUAUAAUAA